UCUUUCCCAAUAGAGUUCAUAAAUUCAGAGCACAUGCUAAGCACAAUUACUGUAAGUAAACUACAUGGCAUAAUAAUAAGUGUUAAGUGGCAGGGGUCCGACAGUAUUUGGAGUUCCUAUUCUACAUAAGAUAGCCAAGGAGAACCUCGCAGUUGAGCAAAGUCCUGAAGAGCGCUGGGGGUAAGAACCUUCGGACAUUCUGGGGAAGGACGCGGGAGGCGGGGGCAGCAAGUGUCGCAUUACCAGAAUUUACAGCAGCACAAGGCCCAAGGGGUACCUGCGAGGGCGAAAUCGCUGCGAGUCAGAAGGCUUUCCAGGCAAAACUUAGCGGGCCGCUGCUAGCAGGGGCUAGCUGCUAGCCAUCAAAGAUUUUGUCCACCAACUAGAAGCUUUCUCCACCCACACUUGGCCCCACCACCGACCAGACCACGCCCACCGCCCACGGGGCUCUGCAACGGGCGGCCCCUCGUUGCUCCGCCCCGCGACCUGCGCGCUUGCGGAGAAGCCAAAGGUCAGAGGUUGUGGAUCCGUCAUGGCGGCGCUGUGUCGGACCCGUGCCGUGACUGCCGAGAGUCAUUUUCUGCGAGUGUUUCUCUUCUCUCGAUCCUGUCGAGAAGCAGGCACUGAGAGUGGCUCCGGAAGCGAGAGUUCUGAUUCCACGGAGCCUAGGCCGCGCCCAGGCGGCUUCGCGAGCGCUUUGGAACGGCUCUCGGAGCUGCAGCGGAAGGCGGAGCUCGGCCGGACGAGGGGCUCUCCGAAAAAUGUGGAAUCCUUCGCGUCUAUGCUGAGACAUUCUCCUCUCACACAGAUGGGACCUGCAAAGGAUAAAAUAGUCAUUGGGCGAAUCUUUCAUAUCGUGGAGAACGAUCUUUAUAUAGAUUUUGGCGGCAAGUUUCAUUGUGUAUGUAAAAGACCGGAAGUGGAUGGAGAGAAAUACCAGAAAGGAACCAGAGUCCGGCUGCGACUAUUAGAUCUUGAACUUACAUCUAGGUUCCUGGGAGCGACAACAGAUACAACCAUCCUAGAGGCUGAUGCAAUUCUGUUAGGACUCCAGGAGAGUAAAGACUCAAAAUCAAAAGAGGAACGUCAUGAAAAGUAAAUGAUCUUUGCUGAGUGCUUUCGCUCCUUUUAUGUUGAAUGCAGAUAUUCAAGAGCACAAUUAGACAGUUAUGAAUAAAUGAUUAGAAAAAGACAUAGUAAAUGAAAGCUAUAAUUAUAGCUCUUAUCUGUUAGAAUUUUCUUUAGCUGUAUCUCCCCUCCCCCUGUUUUUAUGCCUGUUCUUUCCUUUGAUUGGAAUAGUAUAAACUGUAUUGAGAAAUUCUGUCCUUCAAUAAAUAUGUUUUGAGUGUUCA